GCUUCAUAAGGAACUUCCACUGCAGAACCAAGCAGAAGGGGAUUGAAGCAAGUAGCAGUCAUGUGGACAGUCCUUUCAGCAUUUUGCCUGAUUAUAUUCUGCAAGGCUGAGAAUGCUUGUCCAGAAGUAACGGUUUCAGGACUUGGAGAUGUUGACAAAAUGACCAUCCUUCGAGGCUGUGUUAACAUUAACGGAAAUCCAGGGCAGAAAGGGGAAACAGGUCCCCCUGGGGAGAAAGGUGAAGUUGGAUCCAGAGGAUUACCUGGAAAAGCUGGUCCACCUGGACAGAAAGGAGAGAAAGGAGAUGCAAGCACACAGGAUCAUUUAUACGCCCCUCGGAACUGUAAGGAACUGUUGGAUCAAGGAACAUUUCUGAGUGGCUGGUAUAACAUUUAUCCUGAUGGCAUACAGCCACUUACAGUACUGUGUGACAUGGACACUGAUGGAGGUGGAUGGAUUGUGUUCCAAAGACGAUGGGAUGGAACUGUGGAUUUUUUCAGAGGAUGGGAAUCCUAUAAAAAAGGUUUCGGAAGUCAGUUGACUGAAUUUUGGUUGGGAAAUGAUAUUCUUCAUAGAUUGACUUCAACAGGAUCCUUUGAGCUCCGAGUUGAUCUCACCGAUUUUGACAACAAGCAUAGUUAUGCCACUUAUGGUUCAUUCUCAAUCUCAGGAGAGCUUGAGAAGUACAAGCUGAGUAUUGGUAGUUAUUCUGGAGGCACUGCAGGAGACUCUCUUGGUUACCACAACAACCGUGCUUUUAUGACAAGAGACCGAGAUAUGGAUGUCAACAGCGCUAACUGCGCCACAAAGUUUAAAGGGGCCUGGUGGUAUGGCAGCUGUCACAAUUCCAAUCUGAAUGGACUAUAUCUGAGGGGCACAUAUACAAGCUAUGCGGAUGGUGUUAUAUGGGAAACUGGCAAAGGAGAUUACUAUUCUUAUAAAAUAAGUGAAAUGAAGUUCCGUCCUGUUACGGCAGUUUAAAAAUUACCUUAACCAUUACCAUACAAUUAGAGGUCAUUAAUUAUCUUGCUAUUUUUCAUUAAAAGCUUGUUGGUUGAAAACCAUAAUGCCAAAAUAGCCAAGUUUAGAAAAAAGCCUAGACAUCUUGCAUAAUCUCUUCAAUCCCAACAGAUUGUUAAAAAAAUAAAAAUAAAAACAAUAAAACAUUUCUCUGCCAGGGCUUUACUCUUCCAUUCUACCUCUCUCCAUCUCUGCAGAGAGACUGUAAAUUAUGUCAUUUACUUAAUUCCUUGCAUAUUAUAAGAACUUUUCUAAGCCAAACUGCAUGGUUAUAUGAUAGUUCACAUGAAUGAUAGCUAUCUUAGGCAAUCACCAAGGAACUGUACACUUUAGGGUGGCAAGUCACAGCUUUGUAAAUAACAUUUUCCGAUGUUCUAGGUGUAAUGUAAAACAUGCAAAUUAGUUUGUCAGAAUGAAUUUGUAAAAUU